GUCCCCGCCCCCUCCCGCCUUCCUCCCCUAACGACGGUGGCCGCACUGGGAGGAAAAGCUCUGAACGCAAGUUCAGCGGCUCCUGAGAGCUGGGGAGGCGGGCGCUGCGCGUGCGCAGAGGUGUGGAUGGAAGUGUGGAAGCCAUAAAAUGUAAAACAGGAGCUGUCAGCAGCCAAAUGUCCUGCCAUGUGGAACCAGCUGGUCUGCAAUGAAAAAGAAUGAAGCCAACAUGCAGAAAACAGCAGAGAAUCAUGUGUGCUCAGUACUGCAUCUCCUUUGCUGAUGUUGAAAAAGCUCGUGUCAACAUUCAAGAUUUUAUUCACCUCACACCAGUGUUAACAAGUUUCAUUUUGAAUCAAGUAACAGGGCGCAAUCUUUUCUUCAAAUGUGAACUCUUCCAGAAAACUGGAUCUUUUAAGAUUCGUGGUGCCCUUAAUGCAAUCAAAGGCUUGACUCCUGCCACCUCAGAAGAGAAGCCCAAAGCUGUGGUUACUCAUAGCAGUGGAAACCAUGGCCAGGCUCUCGCCUAUGCUGCCAAACUGGAAGGGAUUCCUGCUUAUAUUGUGGUGCCCCAAACAGCUCCCAAUUGUAAAAAAUUGGCAAUACAAGCCUAUGGAGCCUCCAUAGUGUACAGUGAACAGAGUGAUGAGUCCAGAGAAAAUGUUACAAGAAUAAUUAUGGAAGAAACAGAAGGCAUCAUGGUACAUCCCAACCAGGAGCCUGCAGUGAUAGCUGGGCAAGGAACAAUUGCCAUGGAAGUACUAAACCAGGUACCCUUGGUAGAUGCACUGGUGGUACCUGUAGGAGGAGGAGGAAUGGUUGCUGGAAUAGCAAUUACAGUUAAGGCUCUGAGACCUAGUGUGAAGGUAUAUGCUGCUGAACCCUUGAAUGCAGAUGACUGCUACCAGUCCAAGCUGAAAGGGGAACUGACUCCCAAUCCCUAUCCUCCAGAAACCAUUGCAGAUGGUGUCAAAUCCAGCAUUGGCUUAAACACCUGGCCUAUUAUAAGGGACCUUGUUGAUGAUGUCUUCACAGUCACAGAGGAUGAAAUUAAGUAUGCAACGCAGCUGGUGUGGGAGAGGAUGAAACUGCUUAUUGAACCUACAGCUGGUGUUGGAGUGGCUGCUGUACUGUCUCAGCAUUUUCAAACAGUUUCCCCAGAAGUAAAGAACAUUUGUAUUGUGCUCAGUGGUGGAAAUGUAGACCUAACCUCCCUAACUUGGGUGAAGCCGUCUGAAAGGCCAGAUCCUUCUCAAUCUGUUUCUGUUUAGUUUAUGCAAAUGAGAUAGGAUUCGGUAUCUCUAGACACUUGGAAAUUUUGUUUCCUGGUUACUUUAACUUCCUAUAUUCCUCUUAAACAGCUUUCAAAUUCCUAAUGGAGAGUGGAUGUUUCAGUUAUAGCUGUUUUUUCUAACUAAGUAGCAAGAGAAAAACAUCCAUAGUUUACUGAGACACCUUGUCAAGGCCAAGAUAAGCCUUUUGCAAAAAGGCAAUAGACCCCUAGGCUAAAGUAGAAAACACAAACUUUGCCUAAUUACAACCUGUAGGCUCCCAUCCCUAGAGUGUUCACUGGUAACAAUGAGACAGAAUCCCAAUGAAUCCAUUACUCCAUGUCCACUUCGGGCACUGAUAAAGAAAUCUCACUUUUCAUCCACGGUACUGGUUCUGGUACAUAUGGGUCAUAAGUCCAUUUGGGGAAAACUCGUUUAUAGAGGUUCAUCAGUACUGUGUCCUGAGAUUUUAGCUUCCCAUCAAAACUGCACUUCAUGUGGCCAUGAGUACCUAGAAAAAAACCAGCAAGUCAGUCAAAUUAAAAUACAAAAUUUUAUAGCAGUAGUCUUCUAACCCAACAGUCAUUUAGUAGCACUGGGAAAACCUGGGCAAGGCGCCAAAUCCACAUUUUCUUACCCAAAGGCUCCUUGAUGUGUCCCCUGCGGCCCCACUUUGUUCUCAGUUCCACUGGUUUAAACCACAACACAUCCUCUUAGAAUGAAACACAUAGAAGACCAAGAUGAAACAUAUACCUACAAAAUGUAAACUCAACCCUCACCCCACAAAGGCAAUCUGAUCCCAUCCUUCACACCUACCUCUGUUGAAGAACAUGUAACGCACUACUGCCACCUUAGUAAAAAUUUUGAAAGGAUGACCACUCAAAACAACUCUCUUGAUGACCAUUCUGUCCGGAUCCACUGACAAUAGAUAGCCUGUGGCAAUGAGGCUGUGCAUUCCUAAGGAGCAAAAGCAGAGCAGCAGGAGUCUACAAGCCAAAGCCUUCAUUUAUUGCUCCAGUCCAUUUAAAGACCUAACAAACUCUUAGAGAAACUUUUUUUUUUUUAAAGAUUUUAUUUAUUUGACAGAGAGAAAAACAGCCAGUGAGAGAGGGAACACAGGCAGGGAGAGUGGGAGAGGAAGAAGCAGGCUCCCAGCAGAGGAGCCUGAUGUGGGGCUCGACCAGCACUCUGGGGAUCACGCCCUGAGCCGAAGGCAGAUGCUUUAACGACUGAGCCACCCAGGUGCCCCUAGAGAAACUAACUUAAAGUAGGGCUAUAUUAUGCUACCCUCCUAGGUCCAUGGCAAAGAUCAUUAAAUGAAAUUCCCACUAAGCCUGUCCCCAAAGCCUAUCCUAAAUAUUAGAGUUUGAGAAGCAUCUACCUACUAGCUAUGCUUUGUAACCAAGAGAAAACCCCGUUUGUCAUCCUUGCCUCAGAUCACUGUGAGGCUGAGAUUGGGAUAUUUCAAAAACUAUCAUUGCCUCCUUCAUACCAGAUGGCUCUUAAAUCUAAAUUUAGAAAAUGGUUUUAAACCUAUAAAGGACCUGCAGGCCUGUUCACCUCAGUGAACUUAACUUACCAUUGCUAUUCUGUUUGAAAAGCAGCACAGAUGCAGGAGGAAACGUGAUUGGGCCAUAUAUUGUCACCACCAAGGCCACAUCAGCAGUCAGGAAUCUCUGAAAUUUAUGUUUAUCCGCUACCAUGAUAGGGGUUAAAAAGAAAAACCAAAAGCAUUUUGAGAAACCAUACAUAAUCCAGAAACCCGUGAAAAGCUGUAUCACUGCAACUCUUAAACCUAAGGCAACUUAGUUUCUUUACCCAGCUAGUUCUCAAAAUAUUUUCCUACCUCAAUACAACUGAAAGAUACAACUCACUUCUUCAGAGUGAUUCUUCAACUGGAAGCAGAAUCUUGGAGCUUGGACUAUAUCUGGGGUUUGAAAACGUUCUCUGUGUGAUUGAUACUUAUCACCCCUACCUCAUUUGAGAAACAAUGCUUUACAGAGAAUAUCUCCACUAAAUCAACAGCUCUUACUUUAAAAAAAAACCCCACAACUAUGUUCCAACAAAAUUUUAUGUAACAGAAACAAGAGGUGGGGCAGAUUUGGCCUAACGGCCAUAUUUUGCUCAUCUCUGAUCCUGAGGCCCACCUAGGCUUCUGCUUUUACCUUCAACGAAACCCUCCCCCCUUCUUAAUACUGAAGUUAUAGGGAUAUGAAAUAUUUUAAGGGAAAGACAAGUUUAUCCCUCAUUUAGAUAGCAUGGCUAGUAAGAACAAAGAUUAUCCAGAGCACCCAUCAUUACUGCCUUCAUCAUCUUCCUCCAGCCAUUGCUGAGAGCUGAAUGUGCGCAGGUGAUGUUCAGAAGCCUCCACAUUAGUGCAAAGUAUAUUCCCACUCCUAAUGUAUAGGAGUAUAAUCAUUUUACCAUAAAAGUGUCCCUGAUCACUAUUCUUCAACAUCUAGUCUAACAUCUCAAGCGCCAGCCACAUACCUCUUUUACCCAACUGUGGGCCGCCCUUAGCCUUCACCCAUACUGCCACUGAUCAUCAGAUGCCAAGGGUUCUAUACACUUUGACACACCAUUUUAUAGAGCCACUGACUCCCAUUCAAAACCACUUUGCAACAAAUACUCAUGACAGAGAAGCCUCAGCACCACACAGAAGUUGCAUCACUGGGAUGCUUCAGACAGGUUCAGACAUUGUGAAUAAAAACAUCAUUGGCUUCUAAACCAGAGUACUGUAAAUAUCCCUAACCCAGAAACCUAUAGAGUUUGAAACUGUGUGUUCUGCACACCCCCACUACAAAUCAUAGUCCCCCAGAAGACAUUAAGAUGGAUAAGAACCCAGAA